UUUCACAUCAUCGUCCUGGGAAGUUUUAUAUGCACGUGCUUAACUGCUAGCCGGGACCACCCCGGGCCAUACGUUCAUGAUUGCAAGGACUCGUCUGCUGGCCAUCAGUCGUGCUAUGUCAACCUUGACGCGCUCCUCCACAUGCUCACUAUCAUAAUUUUCCGCUUGUGAAAUCUCAGAUGCCCUCAUAAAGCUCGGAUUCCAAACGGAGGACACAUCCCAGACAUUCACAUGCUCUCCCCAACAUCUCAAGUCAAGAUCUGUGCACCAGCAUACACCGUCCAAAUGGUACUCGCAUCAGACAAUUCAGUCCCAAGGCUCUCCUCCCAUUUCGUAGAUACCGCACCCUCAGGGUCUGUAGUCGUUGUCGACGCCCCACCUCGUUCAGUUUGUUCAACUCCCAGUUCCAUGUCCGAACUUUCACACUCAUUUCUAUCGCGCAGAAACAAAGAAUGCAGUUUGACUGCGGGCGCACAAGCUCGGGGAGCUGUCGGCGCCAUUAUCUCUGGGUGUUGCAGAGACCUCGCUAAACAUCGUGCAGCGGAUUUCCCAGUCUUUGCGCGUGGCCAUUCAACAGUCGGGCAGUCCCCUUUCGUACGCCCAUCUGGUGUAAAUGUCACCCUCACUAUCCAUCCCAAGGAUGCUGACAAUAGCUCAGAUGCAUUCGCUUCUGUCACAGUGACACCAGGCGACUGGAUCAUCGCAGAUGAAGAUGGUGUCGUUUGCGUGCCAGUGGACAUGGUAGACAAAGUCGCGGAACUCGCUAAGAAGGGACAAGAGAUCGAUGCUAAGUGUGUGGCAGACAUUAAAGCUGGAAAGGGCAUCCAGGCAUCUUUCAAGGAGCACAGGGGCAAGUAGAAACACGAUAUUUGGGCUCCUUAUCCUCGAUGCGCAUUAUACAAGGGGUAUUGAUAAUGUCCAUUUCGAGCAGAGGACAAAUUCGGCAUUCCAACAACAGGUGGUGUGGGUGGGAGGUAGGUCCGGGAAGGCAUUCGUGGUGGCGGGCAGCACGAUGGUGAUCACAUGGCAUCCGGGACUGCUUUGAACCCUGCUGCCGGAGCUCCAGACGGGCCCAGACCUGGCCUGGGCCAGAGUCCCCGCAAUUUGAGCAGCCUUAGGUAACCAAAGUUUGACUGAAGUUGACAAAUUUGGAAUACUACGUCGGUACAAGCCGAUGUCGGGGUUUUAACAUGCAUAACCGUGA